AUGUCCAAGCCACUACCAAAGAACGUCCAUGUGUCCCGCCAUCCCUGUCUACAAGUGAAGCUCUCCCAGCUUCGAUCCAACAAGGCAUCAAGCCGUGAAACCAACGACCUAGUCCACGAGAUAGCCACGAUAAUAGGCUGCGAGGCCUUUGCAGAGAACAUUUCCGUGACCCGCGGCGAGAAGAACACCACACCCCUUGGAUACGAAUAUACCACUAGCUUCAUAACGCCAGACAAGAUCGCCCUGGUUCCUAUCCUACGUUCCGGCCUGGGCAUGGUCAACGCAAUCCAAACCCUUCUUCCCUGCACACCAGCCGUGCAUCACCUCGGCCUCUUCCGUGAACCUACCACCCUCGAACCAGUAGAAUAUUACAAUAACCUGCCCUUCCAGCCGGACUCGGCGGGCGUCAACUCCGCUGCAGCAAAGCUAGCAAUCAUAAUCGACCCCGUGGUCGCGACGGGCAGCACGGCCUCGGCGGCCAUCCAGACGCUGCGUGAGUGGGGCGUGGAGCGGAUCUUGUUCCUGUGUGUUUUGGGCAGUUAUGCUGGUCUCGUCAAGGCUGCGGGGGAGUGGGAGGAUGGGGUGCAGGUUUGGGCGGGGGCGGUGGACGAGCAGGUGGACGGGAAGGGAAUGAUUGAGCCUGGGCUGGGGGAUAUUGGGGAUAGGCUUUUCUCGGCCGGCGGGAGGACGUCGGUGAAUUAG